AUGUCCUUGCAACACCCAUUAGGCAUUAAACCUCUUGGCAACUACUAUAUGGAUGCUACCCAGCCAGAUUUUACAGGCUCUUGCCGAGGGCCUUCACUAGGCCUUCUUUCUCGCCUUACAGAUGAAAUAAUUAUGGAGAUCCUUAAUCUACUUUCGUCCCAUGAUCUGUUGACGCUGGGUGCCGCCUCUAGGGUGCUCUACGGUUUGACACAUCUGGAUGACAUGUGGAAAUCGUUGACAAUCGAGAAAUUCGGAGGUGAUUGGGAGUGGGAAGAGGACAAUUGGCGCGCUACAUUCUUGAAACGAUCCGACCCCAAGUAUGAUACCUCAAUGAUCCUUAAAAACCGCUCUCAAAUGAAGCUGAAGAGUUUCUAUUCCGACGUUCUCUUUCAACCUUUUUAUUGUGCUGCCAUUGGCAUGGAGCCUUAUAUUGCAGUUGAGAACAUUGACCGUCGGUCCAAUCUAACGGUUGAGGAAUUUGUGAACGAGUAUGAACGACCGGGGAAGCCUGUUAUCAUCAUUGAUGGGGCUCAACAUUGGCCUGCAAGGAAGAAAUGGUCGACAGAAUACUUUUUGGAGAGAUGGUCAAAUGUACUGCUGAGAGCCGAGUCUGUUGAAAUGACCAUAGCCAGGUACCUGAAGUAUGCGGCUGGAACCAAAGAUGAGAGCCCGCUGUAUUUAUUUGAUAAAAAUUUUGUAGAGCGCUGCGAUGGGAUUCAAGAAGAUAUUGAGGUUCCACCAUACUUUCGUGAAGACUUUUUCGGGAUGAUGGGGGAUAAAAGGCCUGAUUAUCGAUGGCUAAUAAUAGGUCCCGCCAGAUCUGGAUCAACAUUUCAUAAAGAUCCCAAUGCUACGUCAGCAUGGAACGCGGUUAUCACGGGUUCAAAAAAAUGGAUCAUGUUUCCACCACAUAUUCUUCCACCAGGAGUCUUUACAAAUGAAGACGAAUCAGAAGUAACUUCACCUGUGUCACUGAUGGAGUGGUUCAGCAACUUUUAUGCAUCAACUCAAUUACCAAACGGCCCCGCAGACCGUCCACUUGAAGGGAUAUGCCGUGAAGGUGAAGUUAUGUUCGUUCCUCGAGGAUGGUGGCAUGCUGUUGUUAACUUGGAAGAAAGCAUAGCGGUAACCCAGAAUUAUGUGGGAUCUCAAAACUUGAAGGAGACGAUGGAAUUUCUAUACAUAAAGCGUGAUCAAGUCUCUGGAGUAAAGAAUGAUCGCAAGGAAGGACUGUAUGAGGAGUUCAAAGAGGCGUUCUUUAAAAUGAACAGCUCUCAAGAAAUUGAAAACUCGGAGAACGACACGGAAAAAUCAAAGGUUGGAAAAUUGAGUCAUGAAGAGACAACGAAAAGAAAGCAGCUACUGGAGAUGUGGACAAAGCACGAGCACGAUAUCGAACUCCUGUCGAAAGCAUCUAAGCAUUCUAAAAAGUGGAGUAAGAACCAGAUUGAAGAAUCAUCAGCUCAGCUGUCGUUUUGGGAGCAGGCCAAGUUAGGUCUUGGAUAUAAUAUCAACAAUACCAGAGGAGGAGAGACUGAAGUAAAUGAGGAUCCAACAGUUGCGCCAUCGUGUUCUGAUGCCACUGGCACUGCUGGAUUUGUGUUUGGCUUUGACUUUAAAGACGAAGAGAUAGAUAAUGAAUAA